AUGGACCAAAAGCAUGUCGCAGGCAACCACAGCCAGAGCGGCGGAUCAGUCGUAAGGGCCGCUCCUUUCGCAUCAUUAUCGAUGCACUCGUUCGACCGCCUACGUCUCCUCGGCUUCCCGUCAGAAAUACAGCAGUUGGUGCGCCAAACCCUCCAGGCCCACUGGCCGCGUGGAGUCCAAGAAGAGCGUCCCUACGGCGGCUCCUACGAGUUCAAACUGAAGGGAAACCCCUGGCGAGCGCUGAGCGAAGAUGGCGUGACAGCCCGCCGCCUCAUCACCCGCCUCCUCGAGGCCCUCUUCAACGUUGGCUGGGUGCUCAACCUCAGCGCCGACGUAUCUUGCAAGCAGCGCGACAUCGACACGCUGAUCUUCCGCCGGCAGGCGGCGCCGCCCUCACCCUGCGACUGGAUGUGUAUGUACUUCACGAGCGGGGACCGUAUCCGUGUCAUCGACGCGCCGCACGACUUCGAGGCCGCGCUCAAGCGUAUGCUCGGCGCCGCCGUGCAGACCGACAAGGGCUACACGUACCGCGGCGGCUACGAGCUGAAGAUGAGGGGGUGGCCGUGGCGUGCCUCGGGCGAGGAGACCAUGCUGGCGCGCCAGAUGGUCUUGGAUAUGCUCUCUCUGCUUGACGAGCAUGGGUGGAGUGUCUAUGCCUGCGUGGACCAGAAGGAGAAGCCUGGUGGUGAUAAUGACAGCAUCGGGGACGCCGAUACGUGGCACUGUCGUCGAGUACAGGGUUGGGCACCGGGGCUGCCGGCUUAUAAUCUGAAGUGA